AGACAGACAGACUGAGUACACUACAGGCAGCAGCGUCUGAACUGAAAAAGAAAAGAGAAGAAGAAGAAACUGAAGAGAGGAAUCCGGGCGAUGGGUGCGGUGUCCAUGUCGACAACGACACGCCUCCCCCUCGUCGCCGCCCUCCUCUCCGCCGCUGCUUGCGUCGCAGCAGCGCAGCCGGCCACCGCCGAGGCCGCCCCGGAGACGCCCGGCGUAGGCAUCAAGGUGUCGUUCCGCCCCAGCGUAGCCAUCGUCGUUGGCAUCUUCACCAUGAUCUUCUCGCUCACCUUCCUUCUCCUCAUGUACGCCAAAUUCUGCCAUCCAUCCUCCCCCGUCGCCGCCCCCGCCCCCACGGUCGUCCCGGCGGCGGCGGCGGACGACGGCGUCGCCAAGCCGGUGAUCGAGUCUCUGCCUUUCUUCCGAUUCGCGGCUCUCCGCGGGGCCAGGCAGGGGCUGGAGUGCGCGGUGUGCCUGGCGCGCUUCGACGACGCGGACCUGCUCCGCCUCCUCCCGCGCUGCCGCCACGCCUUCCACCUCGACUGCGUCGACCGCUGGCUCGAGUCCAAGGCCAGCUGCCCUCUCUGCCGCGCGCGCGUCGACGCCGAAGAUGCCGCGCUCGGCCUCAAGUACGCCUCCAGCGCACGCUUCGUCCCGGCCGGGGGGGCGUCCGAGUCCGAGCGCUUUGACGGCGACCAAGACCUCCUGGGCAUCUUCGUCGAGCGCGUUCCGUCGUCGCGGAUGGAGCCAGCGGCAGCGGCACACUGCCCUGAUCUGGACCGCUACAAGCACCGCAUCGUGGUGUCGGACGCGGUGUUCAAGAGCCGAUGGAGCGAGAUCAACUCCUCCGACCUCAUCGCGCUCGACACGGAGCUGCUUCGGUCCAUGGAGACGAUGGAGGUGGAGAUGGAGAUGGAGCUGUACAAGGAGACGGAGGAGGAGGAGACAGAUCAUGAUCAUCAGCGGAAGACACUGCUGGCGGCAAGCGGCGGCAGGUCAUCAGUCGACGCGGCGGCGAGGGCGAGGAUGAUAUCAUCGUCGUCGUCGUCGGGAUCAGUGCGGUCCAUGUCGGAGAUGGUGAGCCUGCCGAGGCUGCGGGCGGCGAUGAGGGAGCGCCUGGCGCACGAGGACCGCUGGGUCCCCAUCGCUCGUCGUACAGCGCGCUGGUUCGCCGGCCGCGAGAGCCGCCACGACGAGGCUGCCCCGGUGGUUGACUCGCCGCCGGCGUCCCAUUCCAAUUCCCUUGUCUAGUCGUCUAUCUCAUCUAUUCUAACUUCAAAUCAAACAAAAAGUCAAAACCCGCGCUGUGGGUCCCAUUGGUCAGUGUCUUUGUUUUGUUUUGUUUUGUUUUGUUGUACCAUUAUUCCCUGUCUGUCCAAUACUAUUAUCAUGCUGGCCUGGUGGGGUGGAGUCAGGUACCGUAGUACAUAGCAUAGCUUAGGAGAGGUACUGACCAAACCUGCUACUCCUUUUGUCCAUUAAUUAUUUGCUACCGAGAUUAUUUUUAAGAACAAACAUAGGUAAGGUGGUCUCCAACACAUGAAUUAAUUCUGCAUAAUUUUUGUACAAUAUUUUAGGAAUGAAAAAAUCAUACGUGUUCCAAAAA